AUGUGCAAGGAGUAUCAGUUAACUGAAGCAGAAAAACAUGCUAAUGCUGCUUUCUUAGUGGUGAAAUGGUUAUGUGAUCGCCCAAUGAUUGUUCCCAGGGACAUUGUUGUAGGAGAUGCACUCAGUUCAAAACUGGUUAUUUCGUCUCUAAAUGGAAGCCACAAGGCUCCUGAGAUGAAUGCUGAUGGAAAUGCUUUGGCAUUGGAAGAUAUUGACAUUCAAAUUGAGUUGGCAAGGCUGGGACUGUUGGAGAUUGGAAAUGCUAUUAAUGCAUCUUGUGCUGAUGCACAAAUGUAUUUAUCUGUCCUCCAAUCUGACAUCCAGAAAGCAGUUUCUUUAUACAAGGAAAUGGUUCAAGACUUUGUGCAUGACAUUCGUGAGAUGAGAAAUAAUUUUGUGGAGUUCAAGGCGAAUCAUAGAGGUGUUAAUAUUCCUCCACUUCUUAUUCCAUCAUCAGGAAUUGCUAGGUUUCCAAAACAUGAAAACCAGCUGCACCAGAUCAGAUAUGAACUUGCUGAAACAAAUGAUAGGUUGAACUUCAUAAGAGCCUGGAUUAACACAACAAUAGAUAUGUAUGGUUGCCCAGUUAGAGCAGAAAAUUUAGUAGAAAUAGAUGGGUGGAGUGCUGAUUGUUCGACUUCUAACCUUUCAGCUGUAAGCAUUGCUCCAGAAAACAGCUCGGAUAAAUCUUCAUUUAGUUGCUGCUAUGGAUGCCCUGGGAAAAUUACUGAACAAACUUUGGACCAAGAGUUUGAAGGAGGGUCAACUUUUUCUUCUGAUAAUCAAGAAUCAGAACAGUCGGUAAGGCUGGUAAAAAAUUUGAGUCACAAUCAGACAGCACCAUUGUGGUUGAGGGAGGAAUUUAAGAUGAUAUAUGAUGCUUUCAUCACAUUAAAUGUUCAGUUGGCUGCAGUUUUCAGUGGAAAAGAAUUCGAAAAAUGCUCUGAUACGGGAACAUAUUUUCCUGGUUCACUAGCAUUUGUGAGUGGUAUUGAGCACUCUGUACCUCACAAUGGAUUUGAUCAACUUGUAGCACGAGAGGUGAGUCAAAUUAUUCGACCUUCUAAGUUGCAGAGGAAGGAAGCUGAAGCAAGCUGCCAUUCUAAGAGACAGUUAAUUGCUGAUGGGAAAAUUAAUCAUGCUAGCAGCUUCUUCUCCAAAUUAGAGGAGACAUGUGCCACAAUGAAAGAAGCUGAUUAUAUGUUAAAUGCGCUGCUGAAAGCAAAUCAAAAUGCUAAACAGUUAACUUGUUUGUGGAAAAAAGGAAGUCAGGAAUUAGAGGAGGAGAAAGCAAGCUUGAUUGAAGAAAUCAAACAACUUAAUUCCUUGAUUCUUUUGAGAGAGAGAGAAACUGAAAUACUGCAGAAUCAAACUCGUCACAGCUUGGAAGAAAUAGCAAAGGCCAUGUCUUUGCUGGAAGAGUCUUUUCUGCACAUGCAAAGAGAUGUGGAGGAAAUGUGUGAGGUGGUAUUUUCUGAUGCCUUGGCAAUUGUACAGGAGAUGCUGCACUGUACUGGAAACUCAAGAUUAUCACUAGAAGAUAUAUGCUCUAAGACAAUGGAGAAUGGAAUCACUUCUUUGGUGCUACAACAGUGCCUUGUUGAUAAACUCUUUCAAAAAUUCAGAUGCCUAAGCAUAGAUUCCAGACUCAAAGAAGGCUAUAAAAUUAGUAAUAAUUUGAGAAAGAGAUACUUGGUUGCUGAAGAUGACACCAUGGUCAAUGCUGUGAAGAGUACAGAGGAUGUGAAUCAGACAGCAGUGGUCACAGGAUUGGAUGUGGGAGAGUUGGGCCUAGCUCAUGACAGUCACCUUAAUGAAAAUUUGAAUCUCAAGAAAGAAUUGGAACGCAAAGAAGUUUUAUUGAAAGGUUUGCUUUUCGAUUUUAGCUUAUUGCAAGAAUCAGCCUCCAGCACAAAGGACAACAAAGACGAAAUAGAUAAGUUAAUUUCAACUUUAAGCGAAGUUCGGCAGGAGCUACGGAUGAAAACAAGUCAGCUUGAUGAUAUACUAAUUCAGCAUAGAGCACUUGCAGGGCGUCUGACUGAGACCGAAAAUGCUCUAUUCAUCUCAGAUUCUGAUCUAGAGAAGGCCAAAGCAACAUUAGAUAUCUUUUCAGAUCAUAAUGAUGAGUUGAGAAUUCUUUUAGAGGAUCUUUAUGUGCAAAAAUCAGAAACUGAAGAGCAAUUGGAAGAACAAAGGGAGGCUGUCAGAAGUUUAGAAAAAGAAAUUCUUCGUAUGACUUCUUCAGCAGAGAGACAAUUAAUCACUUCGACAAAACACAUUGAGGAUGACUUUAGGAAGGUCACUGGCGAGAGAGACCAACUCCUUGGACUAGUUGACUCCUUGCAACAACAGCUUGAUAUGGCAUACACAUUAGCCAAUGAAAAUGAAGCUGUUGCUAUAGAAGCCCGCCAGGAGUCAGAGGCAAGUAAAAUAUUUGCUGAGCAAAAGGAAGGGGAGGUUAAGAUUUUAGAAAGAUCUGUUGAGGAGCUUGAUUGUACCAUAAAUGUGCUGGAGAAAAGGUGA